GGUUGGAGGGCCUUACGACAGAAGACAUCAAAGAUCGUAUCUACGCCAGCAAGGUCGCCAUGAUUGUUGAGCAAAACAUGAUACUGGUGCAAUGGGGCUGCAAAACCUGCCUGAUUCUUAUUUAUUAUCGAUUGACCUUUCUGACCUAUACGCUGUGCCUACGUGAAGCAAAGGGCUCAAAGAAGCGGUCUUAG